AUGUCUCCUAUUUUGCAUUUUAAUUUUGUCUCAAAAUUGUAUAGUGGAAGUAUCAGUGACAAGGAGAUUGUAAAUGUCAGUGGUUUCCUUGACAAACUGAACCCGGGCGAUGCUGUAAUGGCUGACAAGGGCUUCAACAUUCAAGAUCUUUUGGCUUUACAUGAUACUGUACUCAUUGCACCCCCAAUGAUGCGCAAGAGUAAUGUAUCUGCACGAGCAUCAACUGCCACAAGGCGAGUUGCAACCUCAAGGGUUCAUAUUGAGCGCAUGAUCAGGCGACUGAAAUUGUUUAACUUCCUUAGAGGGGUUAUUCCUCUUACAUGUAAACCAUAUGUUAGUUCUGCCGUUACUGUCUGUGCUAUACUG